AUCAAAUAGUGGGAUCCACUAUGCACUGAAUCCAUCCUUUGCCUUCUCAAAGAGUCAUUUUCAUAAACAAAGGCCCAAAGAUUUGUAAAAUCAAGAAAAUCAACAUAGAAAAUCCUUAAGAUUCUGAUUUGAUAUCUCCAUUCGUAUCUCUCUUUUUCUUCUGUCAAUAUUUUGCGUAUCUUCUUGAAAUCAACACCAUAUCCCCAUAUAUAUUAACCUCAUAAACACCAAACCACAUAACCAAAAUUCACAAAUUCAUUCAUAUUUUUGCCAAAAAAAAAUAAUAGCAACAAUGGAUACACAAUUUCAUGUUCUAGCUGUCGAUGACAGUAUUAUUGAUAGAAAACUCAUUGAAAGGCUUCUCAAAACAUCUUCUUACCAAGUUACUGUUGUGGAUUCUGGAAGUAAAGCUUUAGAGUUUCUUGGAUUGUUGAGUCAUGAGGAGAAUGAAGUAAGAGAAGUGGGAGUGAAUUUGAUAAUUACAGAUUAUAGCAUGCCUGAAAUGACUGGUUAUGAUUUAUUGAGGAAGAUUAAAGGAUCAUCUUAUUUGAAGGAUAUUCCAGUAAUAAUUAUGUCAUCAGAAAAUGUUCCAUCAAGAAUUAAUAGAUGUUUGGAAGAAGGAGCUGAAGAGUUUUUUCUUAAGCCAGUUCAACAAUCAGAUGUUAAUAGAAUUAGGCCCCAUUUGAUGAGGGACAAACCAAAUACUCUCAAGAGAAAGGCUAUGGUUGAAUCCAUUUCCCCUGACAAAACAAGAAAAUACAACAACAACAACUUGUGUGGCAUCUUUUUGCAGAACAUUUGUGAGUGAAGAAGGGGAUGCUCGAUUCUUUGGGAAAAAAAGUUCUUCAUUUCAAGUGGAAGGAGAAGGACAUGGUUCAAGAAGAAAGAGUGAAAAUUGUUUCAAUCCGAUGUUUGUACCAACAACAAGAAGGUACUCUCUGUAAUUCUAAAAUUGAGGUUAGAGAAUAUGAUAAAGUGUACGCAGACUUUAUCCUACUUCGCAUACGAGAUGUUUUGUAACAAACAAAUGAAUUCGAGGCUUAUGUCUCGGAAUAGAUUUGCCACACAACAGGAAUUACAGACGAAUUAUCAAAAAAAGGUUGAAGAUGAUGCAAACUUCAUCAUGGUAUUCUGGAUUGGAUGGAAAGUAAAUGGAUUAGCAAUUUGUUGUGUUGAGGGCCAUGAUUAGUGAUUCUGUAAAGUGGAUUUACAAUGAUGUUACUGUAAUCAAGUAGAUCUGAUCUGAUUUGGGUCUAAUUUAGCCCUAAUCAUAUACAUUAUACAUAGGUGAUAGGACGGACUUAGGAGUAGUACAUAAUUUUCUUUUUGCUGUUGUUACACAAUCUAAUUGAAAUCACAUGUGUUUUAACUUUUCUCUUUAAUUGGAAAAAAGAUGUAGCAAUUGAAUUCAUUAACCAUA